AUGGCACGACGCACUGUUGGGAUUGAUGAACAGUUAAACCAGAUAGCUCAACAGCAGAUCCAAAAAAAUCGUGAGAAGAUGAGGUCUAUUAUUAAGACCGUCGUCUUUUGUGGUCAUAAUGCCGUGGCAUUGCGAGGUGCAAGAGAUGACAAUCCCGACGACGAAACUCUUCAGGGUAACUUCCAAGCUUUGCUGGCGUUUCGUGUUGACAGUGGAGACAAGACGCUACAAGAACACUUUGAGAAUGCCCCUCGAAAUGCUACCUACCGUUCGAAAACGAUACAGAACAAGAUCAUUAACACUGUUGGCAGCUACAUAACUUCAAAGAUCUCAGCAGAAAUUGUAGAAAGCAAGCUGUUUUCAGUGGUGGCAGACGAGGCAGCUGAUAUCUCCAACAAAGAGCAGCUCUCUUUAGUGCUACGAUUUGUUGACUCAACUCAACAGAUUCGAGAGGAGUUUGUUGGCUUCUACCAUUGUGAAGCUGGAACCAGUGGAGUGGCAUUGAAGAACAUGAUCCUGAAGGCUGUAGCUGACCUUGGUUUGUCAAUGGCCAACUGCAGAGGGCAGUCUUAUGAUGGUGCUGGCAAUACGGCAGGAAAGUACAAUGGUGUUUCUACACUUAUCCAAGCAAAUUUACUCGCGAAAUCAUAA